AUGUAUUUCUCCUUCAACACAGAUCAAAGGGAAGCGGCGGAAGGAUCACGAGUCUCACGCUUGAAAAGAAGGGGGGAUGGGAAGGAGGGAGGGAGAGGGAGGGGGUGGCUCGGAGAUGCGACGGGAAACGCUGCGGCUCCGGCAGCGGCGGGAUCCGGCGGGCUGACGGCGGGGGCCCGGCGAACUGGAGGGAGACAGAGUCGCGAGUCAGUCAGAGGCGGGCGGUGGCGGCGGCUCCUCUUCUCAUUGCGCCAGGAGCAGCUGCAGGCGGCGGCUGGAUCCAGCGGCCAUGGCGGCGGCUGUGGCGGAGGCAGCUCCCUUCAGACCCCAGGCAGCGGAUCCUCGACUGCUCCCCAUACGCCGGGGACAUGGGAACCCGGCAACCGCUUCCGUCCCUUGGGGCCCCCUCCCCCGUCCGCGGCACCAGCGCGGCCGCCCUCCCGCCCCUCGCCUCUGCUCGGUGCCCGCUCAGGAAGUGUCCGCGCUUUGCCCCCAGCCCGGAGCCCUGUCAGCGGCUGCGGGGCCGGCUCCUCCUCGCUUCCUUCCUUCCUUCCUUUGUCACUCGGCCCGGGCGGCGGCGGCGGUGGUGGCGGCGGCAGCACAAGCCUGCAUUCGCCCGGGUCGGGGGCUGCUCUGUGUGAGGAGCGCCGUCUGCGCAGCCGCCUAGCUCUUCCCCACUCCCCCUCCCCCCUCCUACUCGUCCUCCGCCUCCUUCCUCCCCCACCCAGCCUUACACCGCCCAGCGCCCCGCCACCCGCGUAACAGGCGUCUGGGAAUCGCCGGCCGAGGUCCGCGCCCGCCCGCUUCGCCUACGGAGCCGAAGCCGGAGAAGAGCCAAUCACGGACGUUGAUUGUUUGCGACUCCUCCCGGAAAAAGCCGAUCGACCCGAGAAACCAAUUAGAAAGUGUCCCUAGAAAUCCACGCCCAAAAAAGCGGAAAAUGCCGAAGAUAGCCGAACGAGAAGAAGGUGGGUUCUCAUGCCGUGGCUGGCCAGAGGAGAAAUUCGACAAUGGCAGCAGUGACCAAUCACAGUGGCCCGCCCUCACGAAAAAGCUUGAAGAGUUAAGGACAGUGAAACCCGGAGUCACUGGUGAAACAGCACGGCUGGGCGCCGCGGCCGCCUUGUAAUUGGCCGAAAACUCCGCU